AAAAAAAAAAAAAAAAAAAAAAAAAUAAUAAAACAAGGGGAAAAAAAAAAAAAUAAAUAAAACCCACCAAGCUGCUGAAAUUUAAGCAGGGGAGGGAGCGGCAGCGAGGCAGUGCCGGGGUCGCCUCUCGCCGCCGCAGCAGCCAGCGGGGCUGCCGGCGCCAGGCCGAGCCCGGGGACCCCGCGCAGCGCAGCGCGGCCGCCCCGCGUCCCUCCGCGGCGGCGGCAGGAGGCGCCGGCCCGGCCCGGCCCGGUCCUCCCCGCACUUGGUUGACCAAGGCUGGCUUAGAAGACUCUUCCUUCUCCCAUGAAAAUGGGGACUGACAGUGAAAACCCAGUCCUGAGGAACGUGCUCAUUGGCUUCAACUUGCUUCUGCUGGGCACCGUCCUCAAGCCUUUUGAGUGCCGGCUGGAGGUGACAACAGAGCCGGCCGAGGGGCCGGCGCUGGAUGAGAAGGGUGGCCUUGCCAACUGCAGCCCACCCAUCAAAGAGCAGCCCAUGGUCUUCCACCACAUCUACAACAUCAACAUCCCCCUGGACAGCUGCUGCUCAUCCAUGUUCAAGCCGUCAGCCGAGGAGGUGAGUUCAGAAGACGACCGGCUGGCAGAGUACGCGGAGCAGACCUCCGACAGCGAGAGCCAGGUCACCUUCACCCACAGGAUAAACUUGCCCAAGCAGGCCUGCAAGUGCUCCACCUCCCUCCCGUCCCUGCAGGAGCUGCUGAGCAGGAUUGAGAUGCUGGAGAGGGAGGUCUCCAUGCUCCGGGACCAAUGCAACUCCAAUUGCUGCCAAGAAAAUGCAGCCACAGGGCAGCUGGAUUACACCCCGCAGUGCAGCGGCCACGGGAACUUCAGCCUGGAGUCGUGCAGCUGCGUGUGCAUGGAGGGCUGGGCGGGCAGCAACUGCUCCGAGCCCCGCUGCCCCCGGGGCUGCUCCAGCCGGGGCGUCUGCCUGGAGGGCCAGUGCAUCUGCGACAACGACUACGGGGGCGAGGACUGCUCCCAGCUCCGCUGCCCCACCGGCUGCGGCUCCCGGGGGCUCUGCGUGGACGGCGAGUGCAUCUGCGAGGAAGGUUUCGCCGGGGAGGAUUGCUCCCAGCUGCGGUGCCCCCGCGACUGCUCGGGGAAAGGCCAGUGCGUUAACGGCACGUGCGUCUGCCGGGAGGGCUACGCCGGGGAGGACUGCGGGUGGCUGCACUGCCCCAACGCCUGCAGCGGCCGCGGGGUCUGCCAGGACGGUCUCUGCGUCUGCGAGGAAGGCUACGAAGGGCAGGACUGCUCGGCAGUGGCUCCUCCCGAAAACCUGCGAGUGACAGGGAUCAGCGACAGCUCCAUUGAGCUGACAUGGGACAGCCCCGGGGCAGCCACCGAGUACAUCGUCUCAUACCAGCCGGCGGGGCCGGGGGGCACCCAGCUCCAGCAGCGGGUGCCCGGGGACUGGAGCAGCAUCACCAUCACAGAGCUGGAGCCAGGUGUUGCCUACAAUGUCAGCAUCUACGCGGUCAUCAGCGACGUCUUGAGCAACCCCGUUACCUCCAAGGUGAUGACCAACCUCGCCACGCCGCAGGGGCUGAAGUUCAAGACCAUCACAGAGACGACAGUGGAGGUGCAGUGGGAACCCUUCUCCUUCCCCUUCGAUGGCUGGGAGAUCAGCUUCAUCCCCAAGAAUAACGAGGGUGGCGUGAUCGCCCAGCUCCCCAGCACCGUCACCACCUUCAACCAGACGGGGCUGAAGCCCGGGGAAGAAUACACUGUCACCGUGGUGGCCCUGAAGGAACAAGCCAGGAGCCCUCCCACCUCCGACAGCGUCUCAACCCUCAUCGACGGCCCGACGCAGAUCCUGGUGCGGGACGUCUCGGACACGGUGGCCUUCGUGGAGUGGACUCCGCCGCGCGCCAAGGUGGACGCCAUCCUGCUGAAGUACGGGCUGGCGGACGGGGAGGGGGGGAGGACCACCUUCCGCCUGCAGCCCCCCCUCAGCCAGUACUCCCUGCAGGCCCUGCGCCCCGGCGCCCGCUACCGCCUCGCCGUCAGUGCCCUCCGGGGUGCCAACGAGAGCCGGCCAGCCUUCGCCCAGUUCACCACAGAGAUCGAUGCCCCCAAGAACCUGCGGGUGGGCUCGCGGACCCCCGCCAGCCUCGAGCUCGCCUGGGACAACAGCGAGGCUGAGGCGCACAGCUACAGGGUGGUCUACAGCACCCUGGCCGGGGAGCACUACCACGAAGUCCUGGUGCCACGCGACACCGGACCCACCACCCGGGCCACCCUCGCAGAUCUGGUGCCGGGGACAGAGUACGGCAUCGGGAUUUCGGCCGUGAUGGACAGCCAGCAGAGCGUGCCGGCGACCAUGAACGCCAGGACCGAGCUUGACAGCCCCCGGGACCUCCUGGUGACAGCCUCCACGGAGACAUCCAUCUCGCUGGCCUGGACCAAAGCCACAGGUCCCAUCGACCACUACCGUGUCACCUUCACCCCCGCCUCGGGGAUGGCCUCCGAAGUGACGGUGCCCCGGGACAAGUCACAGCUCACCCUUUCAGAGCUGGAGCCCGGGACGGAGUACACCAUCUCCAUCAUCGCCGAGAGGGGACGCCAGCAGAGCCUGGAGGCCACCGUGGAUGCCUUCACAGGGGUCCGGCCCAUCACGCAGCUCCACUUCUCCCAACUGACGUCCUCCAGUGUGAAUGUCACGUGGAGCGACCCAUCCCCACCAGCAGACCGCCUCAUCCUCACCUACAGCCCCCAGGACGAGGAGGAGGCACAGCAGGUCACACUCGAUGGCACCCGCAGGCACGCCAGCCUGACAGGCUUGCAGCCAUCCACCGAGUACCUGGUGUCACUGGUGGCCGUGCAUGGUGCCAUCAGCUCCGAGCCUGUCGUGGGCUCCAUCACGACAGGGAUUGAUGCGCCGAAGGACCUCAGGGUGGGCAACGUCACCCAGGAGUCCAUGAUGGUCUACUGGAGCCCUCCCAUCGCUGCCUUCGACCGCUAUAGGCUAUCCUACCGCGCCGCUGAAGGGAGGACAGAGAGCACCAGCAUAGCCAGCGAUGUCUCCGAGUACGCCCUCCACCACCUGCAGCCCGCCACCAAGUACGAGAUUGGGGUGAAGAGCAUGCGGGGCCGGGAGGAGAGCGAAGUGGCCUCCAUCACCGUGCACACAGCCAUGGAUGCCCCCUUGGGGGUCACAGCCACCAACAUCACCCCCACUGAGGCACUGCUGCAGUGGAACCCACCGCUGUCGGAGGUGGAGAGCUACGUCCUUAUCCUCACCCGCCGUGCAGUUGCAGGAGAAACAAUUCUGGUGGACGGAGUCAACCAGGAGUACCAGCUGACCAACCUCCUGCCCAGUACCACCUACACAGUCUCUAUGUAUGCCACCAAUGGGCCUCUCACCAGCCAGACCAUCAGCACCAACUUCACGACUCUUUUGGAUCCUCCAACAAACCUGACUGCCAGUGAAGUCACUCGACGGAGCGCUCUGCUCUCGUGGGUGCCUCCCGUGGGAGAGAUCGAGAACUACAUCAUGACCUACAGAUCCACCGACGGCAGCCGGAAGGAGCUGAUUGUGGAUGCUGAGGACACGUGGAUCCGCCUGGAGGGGCUUUCUGAGACCACAGAGUACACCGUGCGCCUGCAAGCUGCCCACAACGCCAUGCGGAGCGGCUUCAUCUCCACCACCUUCACCACAGGUGGCCGUGUCUUUGCUAACCCUCAGGACUGUGCCCAGCACCUGAUGAACGGAGACACACUGAGCGGCAUCUACACCAUCUCCAUCAACGGGGACCUCAGCCAGCGGGUGCAGGUCUACUGCGACAUGACCACCGAUGGAGGUGGCUGGAUUGUCUUCCAGAGGCGGCAGAAUGGGCUGACUGAUUUCUUCCGGAAAUGGGCAGAUUACCGGGUUGGCUUCGGAAACCUGGAGGAUGAGUUUUGGCUCGGCUUGGACAACAUCCACAAGAUCACAUCCCAAGGGCGCUAUGAGUUGCGAAUAGACAUGAGGGAUGGCCAGGAAGCAGCGUACGCCUACUAUGACAAGUUCUCCAUCGGCGACUCCCGGAGCUUGUACAAGCUGCGAAUCGGGGACUACAACGGCACUUCGGGGGACUCCCUCACCUAUCACCAGGGCCGCCCCUUCUCCACCAAGGACAGGGACAACGACGUCGCUGUGACCAACUGCGCCAUGUCCUACAAAGGGGCCUGGUGGUAUAAGAACUGCCAUCGCACCAACCUCAAUGGCAAGUACGGAGAGUCCCGGCACAGUCAGGGGAUUAACUGGUACCAUUGGAAAGGCCACGAGUUCUCCAUCCCCUUUGUGGAAAUGAAGAUGCGACCUUACAACCACCGUAACGUCUCCGGGAGGAAGCGACGGUCCCUACAGCUCUGAGCCAGUUGAACCCCCUCCCACCUCCCACCACCUGACCUUUUCUGUCAUUUGUUUGUAUUUUAUAAUAUGAAAAGGGGGGGAAAAAAAUACUACUCGUCUGAGAUAGCGACCUGCCCCUCACGAGUGCUGGAGGGAACCACGGCACAAGCAAAGGCUGUGGGAAAGGAAAGAUCUCAUUGCUUUGCAUCUGUCCCAGAGAAAUACCAAAUUUCCAGUCUCCCUACCCCAGUACUCUGGCCCUUAACCCAAGAAGAAAGAGAGAAAGAGACAGACAGAUUUUUGAUAUUUUUUUAAAAGACUUAGAAAUUCCCCACAUACCCUGUUAGAAACAUUUGUCACGGGGAUCGUGGCAGAAACCUUCCCCGCAGGAACCUUGGUGCGGCCAUUUCCACCCCAGCUACGGCCAGGGACACCCCUGUCUCCCUGUUCCCUCCUGGCAGGGAGGUCCCAAGCUUCAUGCCAUCCUGUAGACACCACCUUUCCCUGCAGGCAGAGGCCCAUCUCUCCUUCUGCCAAGGGCACACAGCCUGGCCAUCCCUCCCCUACGUGCAGGCACUGUACACAGGGAGACACAGCAAGGAUAAGCAAACACAAGGCUCAUCCCAUCCCCAGUUUUCACAGAUCACACCAGGAGGGCUUGGUGAAUUUCUGCAUGUGUAGGCAAACUCUAGAGAACCCACAGCUCACGUGUUGGGCCCAUCACAGCCAAAGUCAUCCCCUUGUACAUGGCAUGCAGGGGAACAAGAGCUGCUCCACCAGCCCCAACCUGCACCAUCUACUCCUCUGAGCUGAACUCAUCCCACUUCAGAUGCAUGACAUCCGUCUGGGUUUUGUUGAGCUUGAUGGAGAAGAAAGGAUUCAAGUUAGAGGACUUGGGAGAAAAAUCACUAUUUGUGGUCUUGAAAUCUAGGGCCCACUUCCUCUGCUAUUUCUAAAUUCCACCAUGCUGUGUCUCACAGAGGUCAUUGGUCCCAAACCAAAGAGUCUCCGAGAAGGACCAGCAACCAAAAAAGCUAUCACACCACUGCAGCCCAGAUGGCUGCCAGCGCAGCCCAGGUGCUCCUGUUCAGGGACCUCCACGCACUCGGGGAAGGAUGAGGACGCAGCCAAGGGAAGACAAGUGUAAGCUGAGAAACGCCCGUUCCCUUCCUUCUCCUAUACCACCCCUCUUCACCACCAUCACAAGAGAGACUCAAAUCUCAGUGCUUUGGUAUCACCAUCUCUCUAAUGGCAAAUCAACUCUUGCCUCUCCUGAAAGGAAGGCUUACUCCAUUCAGAUUUUGGAGAACUUCAAGACUCUUGGAAGAAUAAAUGGGUUCGCUCUUCCCAACCUUACCUUCUCCCAUCUUCAGGACAAUGGACUCUUCAGCUAGCUCUGGCUGCUUUUUGUUUUCAUUGACACCACCUCCACGCAGCCCAAACGACCACCACACUGGAGUCACUCCUCUGCCAAGGACUCUGAUCAAUGCUGGGCAUUGUUACUGGCCUGGUCUCAGAGAAGGGACUCAUCCCCAUGUCCAAGGACAAUGCAGCUCAUUGCUGGGUUCACAGCCAAGGGAGCAUUACAAAUGCUAAACACUGCUUUUUGAUUUUAUCGCACUGAAGCUGCUUUGUCUCAAGAAACAUCUUCCAGAUGGCAACAUAAAGGCAUCUUUGCAGUAGCUUAUAAUUCAGGACAGUGUCUCUUUCAUGGUCACGCUCCUGGGUUUUCUGACGUUACUCAUCAUGGCUGCAGAGCUGAAGAAGGGCCGUAAAUGGGAAACGCAGACUCCUUACCCAUGCCACGUACUGGCACAAAAAAUCACACCUAGCCCCAAGGUCAGGAUUAGAUACAGGGUCCAGCCCUUCAAGUGGACAGCUUACAAGCUGCAGUCUGACCCGGAGGAUGCUCGGUAACAUCCCAUGUGUAAAAUGAGGCAUCUCUUCUUACUUCCCAACAGCAGCAAAUCAGGCAACAAGCCAACCAGUUGAGGAGCAGGUCAGUCAGAGAUGCUGCAGGUGAUGGGAUCUCUUGCAGGACAUGGCCAGUGUCACAGAUGGCAGCGUGUCACACCACCCAAGCAACAUGCCCUGGUUUAGGUUCCAAAAGCCAACAAGAAGCAGCAGAUAGAACUGAAUAAGACCUAAGAAGCCUCCUAGUAGACCAGCAGAGCAAUAUUUUUGACAACAUCUCCAAAAGUUUAUAAGCAAGAAGUGUCCUAACAAAAGCACUAUAGUGCAGUGGUAUAACUAGGAGCAGAGGUUGUCAGUGGAUGGCAUUCAUCACCUGUCCCAGAUAGUGCUGUUUGCUUAUCUACCCAGGUGAAAGAAAGAGACAUCAGUGGAAACACAGGAGCUCAUCAUUCACAAUCAAGCGGAAGGCAAGAUACUUCUCUUUUCAAAAGUACAAGUCAAACAGAAAAUCAAAACAUGCCAAGCUUUUCCAGGAGGUUCAGAAGAAAAUCCUCAAAAAGGCUGAUUAUUCUCUAAAUAGAUUUCCUGACGUAUGUCUCUGUCUCCCUGCUUAUGUCUGUCAUCCCUUUUAUAAGUCCUGUAACCGGGAUGAAAGGGCCUGGUUUACUCAACUCCAUCAUCAAGUCUGAAGGGCACCCUUGGAGAUAACAUCGGACCUUCCAGUGCCACUAUAUACCAGUGCUGGUCCUUGAUCUCAAACAUGGUGCCCAGGCGUUGUGUUUCCCUCACCCUGGUGAAAAGCAGUUGCUAAAAUCGUUUAAAGGAAAGGUAUCUACAUGUGGUGGUUUUGUUCAGGUGAUAACCUAACCCAAGCCUAGGCAAACAAUCAGCAAUGAUGACCCGGUCAUUUCAGCCAUUGUCCCUUGGUCACAUUGUCCAUCUACAAGAUACAAUUUUCCAGAAAUUUAUUUUUCAACAUUGCCUGAUGAUUUUUUUUGGAUAAAGCUCCUGCUAGUAGUUUCAAGCAAAUUUGUGCUUAAUGUUGAUGCUGCAGAAUGGCCAGAGGAUUAAGUACAGUCCCCCUUUACUCUCCAUCACUGGUUGGGCAAGCCCUUUUUCUGAAUUCAUUCUCCAACCAGAGCAACUUCAGCCCUGACCCUCAUCAGCAUAGCGUUGAGACUGAACAAAGUCUUGGCAACAGGCCUGAAAUUCCCAGAAACCCAGCCUGGAUCCUGCACAACGCUCAUCUUGACAGAUGCUGGCUCCACCACAUGAACCAUCCCUGGGCUCUGGUGGCUCUUCUGCCGCCCAGCUUAUAUGGUCCAGGCUUGCCCCAGACCCCAAAACAAACUUGAAGCUGUUACCCAAAUCACACUAGCCACUGCAAGAUGCCAACUCCUGUAACAUCAAGCAAGGAGAAGCACAUCAGGUCCUUCACCCAGCAGAGAACCAUGCAUGCCCAGGACCCCCACAGCCUUUCAAAGCUGCCUCUUAGUUCUAACCCCAAAAUCCUGGAAGGAAACACCAAGGGACUUUCUCAUUUCUCACCCAAUUUUGAUUUCCCUGUUUCCAUUCCUACCAGACCUCCAAACCCACCUUUCCACCAUGCACUGCACUAAAACAUAACCAAAAAAAAAAGGCCUGAAAGGGAAAGCUGCUUUUAGUAAAGUGAACCUGAAGACAGCAGUUAUAAAUUAAUAAUUUGGGGAAAGAAAGAGGUCAGGCCUUCUCACAAGGUAGCUGGAUUUUGGCAGAAGGAUGCUGGAAGAGUGUCAGAGCCAAAGGUUGGGAAGAAGCCCUUGCUUCUACUCCCUAUCUUUGCAUUACCUUACCAUCAGCAUCUCAAAGCAUCACACCAGCCUAAAUGCCCUCUUGCCCCAACUUCUUACCUCCUUCCCAAAGUGAUGCUUACCCCAGGUGAAGCGCUGGUGUGUGGAAAGCACAGCUCACACCACCUCGGUCCUCAGGUCAGGGCUUGGGUAGUGGUGUCCCCACGCUGGGUUGGCCCUGUGCCCACAACAGGCUUAGAGCGACCUGCCAAAAUACAGCAGGAGCCAAAAUAUGCGCCCGGCGCAUCGCUUCUGUACCAGCACGUGCCCUUCAUCCAGACCCAGAGCCAGCCUCCUGGUAUGUCCCUACCAUCUCCCCUUGGGGUGACCGUGCACCCCCUGGCCUGUGCCCCCCAGCAACGCCCAAAAGCUUUGACCUUACCAGACACUGCCAGCAAAGAGGUCUCACCCCCAAAAAAACCCUGUAAUUCACGCUUACACCCACUAACAAACUGGGGCCGAGCCAGAAACCCAUCCCUGUUUCUGCCAACCAAGAACCCCGGGGUGGCCAUCAAACCCAACCGAGCCCCUUGGGGAGCACUGGUACCCUCAAGGGUCACCUUCCCCCUUCCUUAAACCUGAUGGUGCCCAGAUGGUGGUGGCAGCUCCUUGCACCUCCCAGGGGGGAAGGUUUGUGGUAAGGGGGAAGGACAGACUUUUCCCUGGGGAGAUGCUGAUGCCCAGAGCCACCUCAGUACCCAGCCUGCAGCUCUCCAGGUGUCAGUGGUUUCUCAGAAGGAUGGUGACACAAAGACCUAACAAACAAACAAGCAUCCCCCUGUGUACAGGUGUGACCCUGGAAUUGUGUUUACUACUUUUAAAAACCAUAAAUAAGGAGAAAGAACAGAGGCAACGAAAUCCCUUGGACAGGUUCUGAUGAACUCAAACACAAACCAACGCAACCAAAUGAGGGGGAAGAUAAAAGAAAAUAAAUGCAUAAAUAAAAUAAAUAAUAUAAAUAAAUAAUAUAUUAAACAACCCUCCCCAGCCUGUAAUGAAAAUGUAGCUCGGAGAAUGGGAUUGACGCUUGUUAACCAUUGUUAACUAGUAUUUUUAGUCCUGACCGCUCUUAGGCUAUGUAUAGUUCCUUUUUUUAAUGCAUUUUCUAUACAUUAAUAAAAGAUACCGAAGGAGUGA